AUGUGUCAACAUUUAAUGCCCCUUGUUGAUAAGGACCCUUCAACUAAGGUGGGCGUAUGUAUCAGUGAGAUUGUGUCUGAAUUCAAAUUUACUCCGUCGUACAAGAAAACAUGGAUUGCAAGGAAUAAGGCUAUCGAACAGGUAUACGGUAACUGGGAGAACUCAUACAAUGAGCUGCCACACUACUUGUUAGCUCUGAAGAAAUAUGUUCCUGGUACAGUGGUAGAAAUGCAAACACUUCCCGUAUAUACAGAUGACGGAACUGUUGUCAAUGGAAAACAAAUUUUUCAUCGACUUUUCUGGGCAUUCCAACCAAGCAUUAGAGGGUUUGCAUAUUGCAAACCUAUACUUCAGGUUGAUGGUACCUGGUUAUAUGGUAAGUACAAAGGUACUCUACUAAUGGCGGUAGCUCAAGAUGGAAAUAGUAAUAUCUUUCCAGUUGCUUUUGCCCUUGUGGAGGGGGAGACCGCAGAUGGUUGGGGUUUCUUUCUAAAGAACUUGAGAAUGCAUGUAGCCCCUCAGCCUGGCUUGUGUUUGAUUUCAGACAGGCAUGCAUCAAUUGAAAGUGCUUACAAUAAUCCAGAGAAUGGUUGGCAUGAGCCUCCAUCUGUACAUGUCUAUUGUAUCAGACAUAUCGCACAAAAUUUCAUGAGGGAGAUCAAAGACCGUAACCUCCGAAAAAAAGUUAUCAAUAUGGGGUACGCUUUGAACCAACCAACAUUCCACUACUACAGAAAUGAAAUUGGUAUGGCUAAUGGUGAUGCUUUGAGAUGGCUAGACAAUAUUCCAUUGGAAAAGUGGACGAGGGCAUUUGAUGGAGGUCGGCGUUGGGGUCACAUGACAACAAACUUGGUCGAAUCUAUGAACUCGGUAUUCAAAGGGACACGUAAUCUACCUAUUACGGCAUUGGUGCGUGCAACAUACUAUAGGAUGGGAACACUUUUUGCUGAAAGGGGUGCUAAGUGGAGUGCAGUAUUGAGUUCUGGACAAACAUUUACAGAAAGUUGCAUGAAGGUGAUGAAAGAAGAAACGGCAAAAUCCAGCACGCAUCAUGUAAGAAUAUUUGACUAUAACCAUAACACUUUCAGUGUGAAGGAGACAAUGGACCAUGGUGAAGGAAAGCCUAUGGGAGAUUACAAGGUAAACCUAAGAGAUCUUUGGUGUGACUGUGGAAAGUAUCAAGCUUACCGUGUUCCUUGUUCACACGUUAUUGCUGCAUGUUCUGUGGUGCGCCAAGACGCCUAUGCUCUACUGUCCGACAUUUACAGAGUCUCAAACUUAUUCGGUGUUUACAGCACAAGUUUUCAAGUACUACCAUUAGAUGAGUAUUGGCCCUCCUUUGAAGGAGAUCAAAUUUGUCACAACCCAUUGAUGCAGAGGAACAAGAAAGGUCGUCCGGUGAGCUCACGUAUUAGAACAGAAAUGGACAACUAUGAUAAGUUAGAGAGAAAAUGUGCGUUGUGUCGUCUUCCUGGUCACAACCGAACGAAUUGUCCAAAUGUUGGAACCAGUAAUGCAUAG